UUCUCGCGAGAUUUGUGAGCGGCCAUCUUGCUCCUGCCCCUGACAGUCUCCGGUCGGGGUCACAGGGACGUGAAGUCCGCUGCCUGGACCUUUGCAGACCAUGCUGUCCCGGGUGGUACUUUCUGCCGCCGCCGCAGCGGCCCCGUGCCUGAAGAACGCGGCUGUCCUGGGACCAGGGGUAGUACAGGCGACAAGGGUCUUUCACACAGGACAGCCACGUCUCGCCCCUGUACCACCUCUUCCUGAAUAUGGAGGAAAAGUACGUCUUGGGCUGAUUCCUGAAGAAUUUUUCCAGUUCCUUUACCCUAAAACUGGCGUAACAGGACCCUACGUGCUUGGAACUGGGCUUAGCUUGUAUUUUCUGUCCAAAGAAAUAUAUGUGAUUACCCCAGAGACCUUCUCUACCAUAACAGUAGUAGGGUUGAUUGUCUAUGUGAUUAAGAAAUAUGGUGCUUCUAUUGGAGAAUUUCUUGAUAAACUUAAUGAGGAAAAAAUUGCUCAACUAGAAGAAGUAAAGCAAGCAACUAUCAAACAAAUCCAGGAUGCAAUUGACAUGGAGAAGGCACAGCAGGCACUGGUUCAGAAGCGCCACUACCUCUUCGAUGUUCAGAGGAAUAAUAUUGCCUUGGCCUUGGAAGUCACCUACCGGGAACGGCUCCAUAGAGCAUAUAAGGAGGUAAAGAAUCGCCUGGACUACCACAUUUCUGUACAGAACAUGAUGCGUCGCAAGGAGCAAGAGCACAUGAUAGACUGGGUGGAAAAGCAUGUGGUGCAGAGCAUUUCUGCACAGCAGGAAAAGGAGACCAUUGCCAAGUGCAUUUCAGAUCUAAAGCUGCUUGCUAAGAAGGCUCAAGCUCAGCCAGUUAUGUGAAUGUAGCUAUCUCAGUUGAGAUGGCCAGAGAGAAAUGGGAAGUAGUCUGUGUGAAGAACUCUUCCUGUAUUGCUGUCUGUUGAAAUCACAGUGUACCUUUCCUGAGAAAUGAUCGAGAUUCAUUUAUUUAGUGACUUAACCCUAUUGUCCAGUCAGGUAUUUCUGAUCCUUGUUGUGUAUCUGGAGUUGACUGAAGAUCACUUUUGAAUAAGUAACUUGCAGUAACUUGCUGCCCGACUAAAAUUACCAAGUUAUAGUUUAAACUUGUAAUUAGUUAUACCAUCUUGCAAUAAAAUGACAUUUGAAACAGAA